AUGAGUUCGACAGAUAUAUGGAGCACAGGAAGCUCAGUCUACUCGACUCCUGUAUUUUCACAGAAAAUGACGGUGUGGAUUCUGUUCCUGCUAUCGCUCUACCCGGGCCUCACUAGCCAAAAAUCUGAUGAUGACUAUGAAGAUUAUGCUUCUAACAAAACAUGGGUCUUGACUCCAAAGGUUCCGGAGGGUGAUGUCACUGUCAUCUUAAACAACCUCCUGGAAGGAUAUGAUAAUAAACUUCGACCUGAUAUAGGAGUGAAACCAACAUUAAUUCACACAGACAUGUAUGUGAAUAGCAUUGGUCCAGUGAAUGCUAUCAAUAUGGAAUAUACGAUUGAUAUAUUUUUUGCCCAAACAUGGUAUGACAGACGUCUGAAAUUUAACAGCACCAUUAAAGUCCUCCGAUUGAAUAGCAACAUGGUGGGGAAAAUCUGGAUUCCAGACACUUUCUUCAGAAAUUCCAAAAAGGCCGAUGCACACUGGAUAACUACCCCCAAUAGGAUGCUGAGAAUUUGGAAUGAUGGUCGAGUGCUCUACACUUUAAGGCUGACAAUUGAUGCUGAGUGCCAAUUACAGUUGCACAAUUUUCCAAUGGAUGAACACUCCUGCCCCUUGGAAUUCUCCAGUUAUGGCUAUCCACGUGAAGAAAUUGUCUAUCAAUGGAAGCGUAGUUCUGUUGAAGUGGGUGACACAAGAUCUUGGAGGCUUUAUCAAUUUUCAUUUGUUGGACUGAGAAAUACCACUGAAGUAGUGAAGACAACUUCUGAACAAAAAAUCCAUCAAGCACUCACGAGGCUUGUCCUGGGAGAUUAUGUGGUCAUGACGGUCUAUUUUGACCUGAGCAGAAGAAUGGGAUACUUCACCAUCCAGACCUACAUCCCCUGCACACUCAUUGUUGUCCUGUCCUGGGUGUCUUUCUGGAUCAAUAAGGAUGCUGUUCCAGCCAGAACUUCUUUAGGCAUUACCACUGUCCUGACAAUGACGACCCUCAGCACCAUUGCCCGGAAGUCGCUCCCCAAGGUCUCCUAUGUCACCGCAAUGGAUCUCUUCGUAUCUGUUUGCUUCAUCUUUGUCUUCUCUGCUUUGGUGGAGUAUGGCACCCUGCAUUAUUUUGUCAGUAACCGGAAACCAAGCAAGGACAAAGACAAAAAGAAGAAAAACCCUCUUCUUCGGAUGUUUUCCUUCAAGGCCCCUACCAUCGAUAUCCGCCCACGAUCAGCAACCAUUCAAAUGAAUAAUGCCACACACCUUCAAGAGAGAGAUGAAGAAUAUGGGUAUGAGUGUCUGGACGGCAAGGACUGUGCCAGUUUUUUCUGCUGUUUCGAAGAUUGCCGAACAGGAGCUUGGAGACAUGGGAGGAUACAUAUCCGUAUUGCCAAGAUGGACUCCUAUGCGCGGAUCUUCUUCCCCACUGCCUUCUGCUUGUUCAAUCUGGUUUACUGGGUUUCCUACCUUUACCUGUGA